GUUUCUUCCAUGUCAUAGAAUAUCGCGUGAAACGAUCAGAUCGCUUCUAAAUAAAAUUAUUUAAAAUAUCUCGGUUUUAGAAACUUUCAUUUUAUCAGCAUAAAGCCCUUUAAAACGUUGUCAAUGUCUGCAAAGCGUCAAAAAACAAUUGAAAAGCUUCAAUUUCCUGCUGCACUUUUGGUUGGCUUGGUAGACGACCAAUUGAUUCAUUAUGACAAAGUUCACGAUCAGAAAGAACUAGAAAUCCAUUGCACUGCCGAAUACAUCAAUUUCUUCCAGAAUGAAAUUCUUAAACUCAACUCUCAACAGGAAUAUUCAAAAGCUCUUCAUGAAAAACAAAUUUCAAGUAAUAUUAAAGAUGCUGAAGAAACAGAAAAGAGCAUUGAAGUUUUGGAAAAGACUUACAAAACUUUAUAUUCUAUGCAUUUAAAUUCUCUGCGAUAUUCUCAUGGUAUGAAAGAAGUCAUUGAAGCUAAACAAAAUUAUCUAACUUCUUUUGGAUCACGCCAUAAUGAUUAUCAAAAAAUUAAAACCAUGGUUGAUUUCCACGUUAACAGAAUACAAAGCAAUGCAUCAAAAUCUGAUUUCUCAGGAUUAACAAAAGAAUACGUCGAAGUUGAAAACACCCUUGCAGAGCUUGAGAGUGAAGGAAGACAACUUAAUGAGAAAGUUUCUGAGAAAAGAAAGUUGCAAGCUGAAACUGCAGAAAAACUACUUCAAGAAAUCACUCAGAUUGAUGAAGAAAUACAAAAGAAACAGAAAAUCCUUGACAUGUCCGAAGAGAUUAAUUUACAGAAUGAAAUCUUAGACUUGGAAACGAAAUUGAAAGUUUCGGACAAUUGCGACAGUGAUUCAAGUGCAGCGUCAGUGUCAAGUCAAAAAUCUGAUGGAAUUCCAAAGAUUGCAAAAAUCUCUGCCGACUUUUCCAACUUUUUUAAGAAUCCAAACGACUUUCCAUCUCUUAAGAAUAUUUUGAGUCCAAAUUUGAAACGUAAAGCAGUGAAAGAAGUUCCGAAACAACAACAGCAAUCAGAAAAGACAUUGAAACAUUUAAAGCGAAAAUCACCAAGAAAAGAAAAUUUUCCAUGCAUUAAAACGUUUGAUGAAAUAGAACCAAAAAAGAAAAUUUCUCGUAUUCAGACGAUGCCGCUUAAUAAAAAUCUUUCCAAAGAAGAAAUGGAAAAAGAAAAUUCUUCUGAUAAGCAAAUAGAAGAAUCGUCUGGGCCACGUAAUCAUUCAUGUGAUCCUCAACAUAAACAAAAAUCAAUUGAAAUUCAAAGAACUGACUCGGGUCGAGAAACUGAGUGCCUCUUCACAGAAGAUUCUCGUAAUCCUGUUGAAGAUGGAAAACAAAAUGAAAAAGUCAAAACAAUAACAACAUCAGAAAAUACUAACGAAAUUCAAAAAGAAAUGUCAGAAUCAAUUGAAGUUGAACAAAUUCAAGUCUCCAAUAAUGAUUCCGAAGAAGUUAAUGAAACAUCUAACGCCAUUGAACCUAAAGAAGAUGAAGAACCCCCACUGAAGGGAAUUUUGCGAGAGCAAAACAGUUUUGUCUUCAAUACGACUUCAUCAGAUAAUCACAGCGAAGGUGACGAUGAUCUGUUCAAUUUUGAAAAGGAAUUCGGGGAAAACUUCUCCACAGGAGGUGAUGACUUUAACAUUUCAUUUGGAUCUGGCGGUGGAAGCAUUGGCGAUGAUGGCAUAAAUGAUAAAGAAAACAGUGGAUUCGAUUUCUUCAAUGAUUCUCCAAAGAAAACUUCAUCAAAGAAGAAAGGUAAUCAAAACUCGCUUUUUUAAAAAUUCAUAAAAGAAGGAAUUUGGAAUUCUUCCAAAGAAAUUCUAAUUAAAUAAUAAUUUUCUUACGAUUUGUGUAAAUAUUGUUCAUUCAAUGAAAGCAAUUGAAAUAAAAUGACCAAGUUAAGAAACUUUAUGUUGGUGGGAAUGCCAAUUAGUAUUAUU